CUAUCUCACGGUUCGGAGUCGCAUGAUCAGGAGCCUCCAGGUCGAGCUCGAAGCCACGAUCGGUGAGCAACGCGAUGCUAUGGCCAGGAACUGGAGGGAGAGGCUCAGUGAAAUCUCUUCGGCCCGCCGGGAUCUGGACGCACUAUUUAAGUCCAUGUCGUCAAACCCUCCUGAUUCCGCGCUUCUGAUGUCAUACAGGAACGCCACCGAAAACGUUGAGGAACAGAACAACAACGGGGAAAGGAGGGACGACGCGUGUCGGAGGACUGUAGAGAACCGUUCGUCCCCCACGCCACGCAGCACCGGCGAUGUUUUAAUGAAGCUCAUCCCCGGCGAUUCUCCCCAGCAGCUGAUGUGCCUGAAGAAGGAAGAGCUGAUAAGCUACUUCAAGAUGGAAAUGAACAGGAUGAAGAGGCAGCAUGAGCUAGCCUUGCAAGAGAAGACGGAGGAGCUGUUCAGCCUCAAAAGGGAUCUCCUCAAGGAGAAGGGUUCCAGUCCUUUGCACUUCAGCAAAGAAAGGGACCUUGAAAUAGCCAAGAAGAAGGUCUCAGAAAUAAUCCUGAAGCUGGAUGACAUUGUUCUGAAGAGCAAGGAGCCCCCUGUUGGUUUUGACUGCCAGGACGCGUCGCAGAGGCUGAAGGAGAGAGCUGAUGCCUUGUUUUCAGAAAGCCCGUGGCUGCGGACGCCACCGGUAGAUGAGAAAAAGGAGGCCCAACGGACGGCUCCGCAGGGCUCGGCGGAGUCAAAGUUGGUCGAAGAGGUUGAAAGGCUCCGAUUUGCUAUUGAAGAAGUGAGGACGGAAGCGAGCAUCAAAGAAGAAAAGUACAAGCGUGUUUUAGAAAACUUGGUUGAUGAGAUCGAAAGCAACGAACAAGUUCUGGAAACAGCUACCAAGAUCAUAGAGGACAUCUACUGCCUCGUAUACGAAGGGGCUAUAGCAAAUGCUGUUUCGAGUACUAACUCUAUGUUAGUAGGAUCGUACAAGGAAAAAGACUCCAUCAACGCAGAACUUUCAGAAAAGGAGGAGGGAUUAAGGUUGGAAAUUGAAGAGAAUGGAAGGUUGAAACAGCAAGUAGCAGCACUGUCGACUUCGGUGAGGGGAAAGGAGAUGUUGGCAUCAGAGGCUACCUCCCAAUUGGUGAAGCAGAAGGAGCAGUUUGAAUUGGUACGCCACGAACUUAAUCUGUACAAGGAUAGAGACAGCAAGCAACAAAUGAUCAUCGCAAACCUCAAGGAUGAAAUAAAUUUGUCAAUGGGUAAAAUGGAUGAGGCAUGUCAGCAAAUCCAUCAGAAGGAAGCUGAGAUUUGUAAUCUAAAUCAGAAACUCAUGAUCUCAUUUGAUGGUUUGAAAGAAACGGAAAGACAAAACAGCAUUCUUCAAAACGACAUCUGUGACAAACAAGGGGAGCUAGCGUCAAAAACCGCACUGGAAAAAGAGCUAAAGGAGCAGUUAGAAGCUAUUGUCGCUUCAGUCGCACAUUUAUCAAGAACCACUUGGGAGUAUGGAUGUAAGGUGAUUCAGAAAAUUGAAACAAAUGAAGCAAGGUUGAACCUAUUGAGCCAUCAAUGCAGUCAAAUUAAGCAGCAAAGUAAGCUACUUAAGAAGAAGGCUUUGUGGUACAAGGAAAGAUUUGAAGCAAAAUGUGAAGACCUUCAGAAGGCUGAAAAUGAGGUCGAUCUAUUGGGGGAUGAAGUUGAUACCCUCUUGGGUCUUCUUGAGAAGAUAUAUUUUGCACUUGAUCAUUACUCAUCCGUGUUACAAUACUAUCCUGGUGUCGUGGAGAUCUUGAAAUUGAUUAGAAGAGAGCUGGAUGGAGAAACUACUAAAUCAAAAUGACCUUCUCCCUGCUGGGGUGAGUGUUCUGUGUUCUCAGUUGGAAUGUCACGUCAAGCUACUUCAAAAUCUAUUCUUAGAACUCGUAUGCCGAACUAUUCAGAUACCUUUUACACCCAGGUCUAGCAGCUUAGCUUGCUAUUGAUGCAACUGGAUGCUUAUAUGCUACUCAGGCGUUAUAUCAGGGCGACUAAUUUUUUUCUUUGCAUGUGGGAACUAGGAGAGCUAGUUGACGAAAGAAGCAGCCAUCUUGGUUAAUGCUUAUUGUUCUCUUUUUGGAGUAGGCCACAGUAGUAGGGACUGAGCUACGCCUCUCAUUUGCAAGGUGUUUUUUUGUAUAGUACUACUAUCGGAUAUAAGUUGUAACCUUACUUGAUGCUUGGAUACCAAUGGAUUUCAACGACAUCUAAGCUUCUUGUUGUAUUGACAUUUUGUGCAAUUUUUCAAAGCCAAUGCGGCGGCGAACAAAACACAUAUGCAGGCAGGAAAGUGUUUUAGCUCUGUA